AUGAAGAUCUCUCUUCUGCAGCAGAUGUAUAAGGAUGUACUGGUAGGCAUUCCGCUAGCAAAGGAAAGCCAUCAUUAUACUUCUUUACUUAAUAUGUGUAUUCAGCAGUCACCAGAAAGAGACAAAUUGUGUGGUCGUAUGCAUCUGCCAUCUACUGAUGGUGGUAUUAGGAGCCAUCAGGACACUGAUAUGUCAGAUGCGGUUGUCCCUACAACAGAUGAUAUAUCAAAUAGCUUUGCAAACAUGAACUCCUCGUUCUGUCCACGAGAAGUGAUGCUGCUUCAGUUAACCUUGAUCAAGAUGAUGGCUGAUAAAGCACAGUCCCAGGAAAUUGAAUUCAAUACAAGACAGAAGUACUGUGAAAUCUUUGUCCUUCUUCUGAAGGAGGCAAAAAUUGACUCAAAAUUGAUUUGUCUGCUCAGUAGUUAUGAUCGGCUGUUAUCUCACCUGGCUUCAAAAAGUUUAGCAUCUCUUGUGUAUUUCCAGCUGAAGGAAGAGAACGCGUUAAAUGUCACCUGGCUCACCUUCAGUUUGAAGACUCUUUUAGGAUUUCCUGUGAAUACCCGGGUAGCAGAAUGCCUGUGGACUCUUACAGCCGUUAUCAAGGACGUCCUGAAAGAUGGAGCUUUGCCCAGCGCAGGUAUUUUGAAGAAGUUGUUGGCUCCUCUUGAUGCUGUGCUUGAAGGAUUUUAUAAUUCCAUUCUGUCCCAUCAUUUUGACAGUCAACGCUAUACUUCACCUUAUUCUGAAGCUACAAACGAUUUGAUCAGUUUUACAGAUCUGCUUGAAGCACUUUUGGCUUCCAGAACUGAAUUAGAACUACCGCUCAGGUGCCAGAGAGUAUUGUUUCUGAAAGUUUCUUAUGUCCUGAACCUCAUUAGCUCAUCAGUUCACUAUUUAAUCAAGAAGAAGUUCAUUAUGCUCCUUAAAAAAUGUGUCCUUUACAAGUCUAGAGAAGAUGCUAAAAGUGGAUCGCUGUUCUUAGAAAACCCAUCUUUAUAUGAGGAUGUGCUUGCACUGAGUAAUGCUGUUCUGCAGGUUGUGAAUUUGACUUGGCUUAAUCGGAUCCCACUCAGCGAAAAGGACAGCUACUUUGGAGGCAGUGAAGCUGCUCCUGGAGGUGAUACUCAAGGUGGUUCUGACCAAACUGUUCUCAGAGCCUUAAGUCUGGUUGUGCUUAAAGCACUGGAAUUCAAAUUUCAGAACUCUCCUACAGAAGCUGAAAUCAAAGGAGACUUUCAGAGUUCCAUGUCCCAGCUGUUGAUAUUUUGGAGGAGUCAUCUGAAGUCUUCCCCACAGUCUCACCUGGUUGUACAUCACUGUGAAUGGCUCUCUUUGAUUUUCAUAGAGCAAGAUGAUGAUAUGUGGGAAGCUGCUAAAGCUUUAUUACUCAUUUAUUUAAAAUUUGAUAGGUUACGGCAUGAUGCUGCUGGUAACUUCAGCCAAAAAGAGGAGGAAACCUGGAAGUUCCUUGUGCAUGCAAGUGGAUGUAAUCCUCACUGUAUCUUUUUAUUUUUUCUGGAAAAAAUUGCAUUUGAUUCCACAGUACUUCUAGAUUUUUUGAUUUCAUCAGAAACUUGCUUUCUGGAGUACUUGGUAAGGUACUUAAAGCUUCUUAGAAAAGACUGGCAUCAGUUUGUAGAAGUCUGUAACCAUUUUGAUACCAAACAUGGCACUUUUCAAUCAAUUUCUUCUGCCAAGCCGCCCCAUCAAGAACAACAAAGCUGUAUGACUGAUGAGAGUUUGCAAAAUGCUUGUUGUGAACCAGAACCACAAACUCUAUCUCUGGCUGCUUCUCACAAUUACUUAGUGUUUACAACAGAGCAAGGUGGUAAUGAAGUUGCGGAGUCUAACCGGUCUAACUCAUUGAUAUGCACUGAUGGUACAUCUCUGCUGGGUUCACUUCGAAGCCUUGUUGAUUAUGACAGCUCAGAAGACUCUGAAUUAGAAUCAGAUGGAAAAGAGGGCUUGGUAAACACGGAGCAGGUGCCUUUAAAUAAUGAGGGUGAGACAAGGAUGAGGGAAGCUGGUUGCAGCUACACAGAUGAUAAACGGAAUACACUCAAGUCUGAAGUGUUGCCUCCAAAACAAAAGGCAUCUAAUACCUCAUCCUGCUUGACUUGCAUGACGUCUUUGGAUAACAUCGUUCCCCUAAGAAUAACGCUUUACAAAUCAACAAAAUGUUUGGAAGAACUGCAAAAAGCUAUUUCUAGGUUGCAGAGAAGAAAUCUUUUCCCAUAUAAUCCAUCUGCGUUGUUAAAACUACUGAGCCACGUUGAGAAGAUCAGUAAGAACAUGAAUCCACAAUAA